CUUUAUAAAGUAGCAAUAAAGUUAUUCAAUUCUCAGGGCUUUUCAAAGUUAAAGGUUUAAACCAUUUAAAUGAGUGAUUAUAAUGUUUCAGCAUACAGUUGAAUAAUCUGCUGGGAGGAGCCACAUGGCGGUCAUUACCACAUCAAGCUGGGGAAUUUCACUGAUCAUUUAUAUAUGAGAUGCGCCACCCAUUCUGGGAAAUUAAUAUGGGCUGAUUAACUGUUGUGAACUCGCAUCUGUGAAUCAUAUAUCACGUUUGAGUAUUCUUUUAUGCCAAUUUGAGAAAAAAUGUGAAUUGUAAAAAAAAAUUAUAGUCCCAACUUCUAUUAACAAUGCAGGGCAAAAACAAUGCUUUUUUUUCUUCGUUUGUUCACAGAUUGAGACAGUGACGUGUGUCACUGCUUUAAAGAGAUACAAACUGAGGUAGCAAUAAAUAGCUCAUAUCUUCAACUUUCGACAUGUUUAGAUGUGUGGUACCCAUGCUGGAUAUUAUUAUACAAUAGGUUCUAAUUUACUUAUUAAACAGAAAUAAAGCCAGAGGGCUAGUCUUUAUUGGCUCUUCCUGUGAAUGGUCUGGAGUAUAGACGAUCUUUGAUGCCGGUGUAAACUUGACAUUUCGGCCAUACCUUUAGAGAGAAGCCCAACUUGCUUCGGUGAGGCGUGAGUGUCGCGUCUGUUUGCUUAUGUACUUUAACCAAAACUGGGACAGAAUGCAGUUAGUAAGCAGAAGUAGCAUACAGACUGCUGGACGGUGAGGUAUAAAUCCAAUAUGGUACUAGCCGUUACCUGACUUUAGCUCAGCACCUGCUAGCUGCUAAUAUUAAACACCAAGUCACUACUGUCCUUCUCCGAGGUAGCAGUAGUGGAAUGACUAGGACUUACCUGUUCUUAUCGCGAUCCCUGAAAAUAGUUUGUGGCGCAAUGAACUACUUCAGUUCUUGAUAUUUAGAAGAUACGCUUGAAGAAACCGGAAGCAAAAAUAAUUUCAAAAUAAGAGUUUACGUUAGAGAUUGAGAUACUUAAACCACGGUCAUUUUUUUUUACAAUGUGAAAAUGUAAAUGAAAGUUACCAGAAAAGUUUUUUUUUUAACUUAAAUUUCAACAGUUUAGCUUUAAAUAAUUAGUCUUAGUUUAAAAAGGUUGCUAUUUGUCUGUUCAGUAAAGCUUCGGGAGUUCUAAACUCUGACUCCAAUAAUCAGCAUGGGUAUCUAUGCACCUGUCAUCUGCACUCUGUUGUACGUUGUCCUUGACAGUGUCAUCACCACUGUCCUAUACAUCAAGGGGACAGAGCUGUCCCUCUUCAUACGUGAUGUCCUGGACUUUAACAUCUUGAGCUCCGCCCUUGACCUGUGGGGCAUUGUCCUUCUCCGAGCAUCCCUCCUGCUGGGUGCCUCCAUUGGGGUUUUAUGGAACAGGGAGGACGGCCCGCCCAGGGUUGCCCGGGUCACCACCGUCAUUCUCCUCUUCUGCAUGGUUGUCAUCACCUACACCUUGGUCAAGCUGCUGAUGCUGACCGAGGUGGAGCCCCUCAACCGGCAGCCAUGUUUUCUGAGCCUGAUGGGAUGGACCUGCGCCUCCUCCCUGGGUGUCGUGCUUCUCUGGAGGCAGCUCGGGAGGGUUUCCAGCUCCGCGAGCGGGCUGGAAGUCAGGAACAGCCGUGGUGGAGGAGGAAGGGUCUCCGAGGACACAGAGAAGCUGGUGGAUACAGCUGGUGAAGAGGAGGAGGCUGGAGGGAGGAAGGAGAAAGAGAAGGUCAGCUCUAGGGCUACAUUGGGACGCUUGCUCAGCUACUGCAGGAAGGAUACUGGACUGCUUUCCUUAGCCGUCCUCUUCCUGCUCAUCUCUGCAGUGUGUGAAGCUUUCAUUCCAUUGUACUAUGGGAAGGCCAUAGACAGUAUUGUGGUUCACCAGAGCAUGGAGUACUUUGCUAAACCUGUAGCCACAUUGGCUUCACUGGCUUUGGUCAGAUGGUUGGCCCCAAAGACUUAA